GAAAGAUUUUGGCUUUCAAAGUUUGAACCUUUUGCGCAGAGAUGGCUACAUUUCCACGUCCUAUGGCUUCUCCAAGCUUUUGCCUGAAGAUUGUCACUGCUAACGAUCUCCGAGAUGGCAAGGAACUUCCUGAGCCAGCCGUAAAGAAGUAUGGACAUUGUAUGGCAGAGUCCAUAUUCCUCAAGGCUCCAAAUUGUGGGACAUGGUGGCCAAUUGAAGUGAAAAGGUCAGUUCGUGGUGGCCGGAUGUGGUUACACAAGGGAUGGCAAGACUUUGCAAACUUUUACUCGCUGGACCAGGGCUACUUUGCAUUGUUCACCUAUGAAGGCGAACAUUCCCAUUUCCUAGUACGCCUUUUUCACUGGAAUGAUAUGGAAAUAGACUACCCUAUUCAUGGAGGAGGAGUGCCAAAAAGGAAAAGAACAGCCGCUAAUCGAAACACCCCUCCUGCCUAUUUAGAGGCUAGAACCAGUCCAACUUCCUCUGGAUCCUCGACUGAUGAAAACCAAAAUGAUCUUUCCACAGCUGCUAGUUUCAAAUCUGACAAGCCACUUCUUAUGCUCAGAAUGACAGCUACAUAUAUACGCUGCUCUGGCGCGUAUAUUAGUCCAUCUUUUGCCAAGGAACAUGUCUGCAGACCAGGCACUUCAUGCAAUGUGACCCUACAAAUUUCAAAGGAGAAAGUUUGGACUGCUCAAUGCACUGUUGGUGAAAACAGUGAGCACAAACUAUAUGCAAGAGUUUCAGGUGCUGGUUGGAAGGCAUUUAAGGAGGACAAUCAUCUGGAAGUCCAUGAUGUCUGUGUGUUUGAGUUGAUUGAGGAGCGUACAUUCAAAGUUUCCAUAAUCCGAGCUAAAGUGAAGAUCAAUAAGCAAGAUGAGGAAAGUGAAGACAAGCUCAUGUUUUAGUUUAACUAUGCAUUUGAACUGUUUGUGGUUCCACAGCAUACCAUUGAGGACUACAAUCAGCAAAAACACAACAGCCUAAACUGUUUAGAAGUUAGAUAUGAGGAAGUAAGUAGGAUUUUGAGGAAAGACUUAGUAUUAGAUAAGUUGAGAGCUACUGUGAUGAUAAUACUGUUAAUGAAAAAGUGUGCGCUUUUGGUUGGA